AUGUCUGAUACAAAGGCUUGGGCUCAGUAUGUGGUGGAAUGGGCUGCCAAGGACCCAGAUGGCCUGCUCACGACGGUUAUUUUGGCUCUUACCCCCCUGCUCCUAGCAAGUGCUCUACUGUCUUGGAAAUGGGUCAGAAUGAUUGAGGCCAGGGAGAAGGAGCAAAAGAAGAAGCAAAGACGUCAAGAAAAUGCAGCAGCUAAACGGCUAAAAAAGGAUCCAAAGAAUGAACAGACUCUGCAACCAGAGGAAAAUAAUUUGGAAAUGAUGCGGCUUUGGAAGGACCUACUAAGGUUUCUUAAAUGCAUUUCUUGA